GUUAUCGCAGGGGAGGGUUAGUUUCUCAUCUCGGUGCAAGCAGAUCUAUCCCGCUCCUCGGUGGACAAGAUCAUCACCCCAAGAAACAUGGGAAGCAUCAUAUUGGCAAACUGAAUUAAUUAAGGGUUUGUGAAGCAGUCUACCAGCUCCCAGCUGUAGAGGCAUCCCGCACCAUUUCCUGGUUGAUACCUGGAAAUGGAAUUGCUGAACCACAUGGAAUAUGUAAAUGUCAAAACCAUUUUCCAAUCACCGGUAAAUAAGAGGCCCAGGCACGUUACAGCCUCACCACAACUUGGUAACUUCUGCCUUUUUCAUUUUAUUCAUUCAGAAACAAAGGCAUGUUAAAAACAGAUGUCAAUCUCCGUGAAAACAGAGCCUUCUAUAUUCACGUGUGCACCAAUCUCCCAAGUCUUGUGAAGGAAAACAAAACGACGAUGACACUCAGCCGAUGCUGAGGGAUGGCCCGGUCGGUCGCUGGGGUUCUUCAUCAGCGUCCUGUGAUAAGAAGAACGUGGACUUCUGCUCGUUAAAAUUUACUGACCAUUGUGGCUAAUCACCAGGAGGCUGGAUUCUGGCCUCCAACUAUUGAUAUCUUUGUGAAAAUUGAUCUAUAUCCACCUUUUAAAAACACCAAUGAUUGAAUCAGAACUUUUGAAAGCAAAGAAAAAUGGACACAUAUUCGUAAAAAGGAGAUGCUGAAAGUGAACUGGAAGGAGGCAAGACUUACCUUGCUGUGUACCUUCUAAGAACAAAUGCAACUGCCACCUUAAUACGAGAAAAUGAACAGCACGUGUAUUGAAGAGCAGCACGACCUCGAUCACUAUCUGUUUCCGAUUGUUUACAUCUUUGUGGUCAUAGUCAGCAUCCCAGCCAACAUCGGAUCUCUCUGUGUGUCUUUUCUGCAAGCAAAGAAGGAAAAUGAGCUAGGAAUUUACCUCUUCAGUUUAUCACUCUCAGAUCUGCUCUACACAUUAACUUUCCCUCUAUGGAUUAAUUACACUUGGAAUAAUGACAACUGGACCUUCUCUCCUGCCUUGUGCAAGGGGAGCGCUUUCUUCAUGUACAUGAACUUCUACAGCAGCACGGCCUUCCUCACCUGCAUCGCCGUUGAUCGGUACUUAGCAGUGGUCUACCCUUUGAGGUUUUCUUUUCUAAGGACAAGAAGAUUUGCCUUCAUGGUCAGCCUAUCCAUCUGGGUAUUGGAAACCUUGUUCAAUGGUAUCAUUCUAUGGGAAGAUGAAACCGCUAUAGAAUAUUGUGAUGCCAAGAAGUCGAAUUUUACUUUGUGCUAUGACAAGUACCCCCUAGAGAAAUGGCAAAUCUGCUUCAACUUCUUUAGGACGUGCACAGGCUACGCAAUACCCUUGGUCAUCAUCAUGAUUUGCAACCAGAAGGUCUACCAAGCCGUCCAGCAUAACCAAGCCACUGAAAACAGUGAAAAGAAGAGAAUCAUAAAACUUCUUGUUAGCAUAACACUGACUUUCGUCUUGUGUUUUACUCCCUUUCAUGUGAUGCUGCUGAUUCGCAGCAUCUUAGAGCGCAAUGGGAACUUCGGUAAACUUACCUUUAACCACAAGUCUGGGAAGCAGACUUACAAAAUGUACAGAAUCACGGUUGCAUUAACAAGUUUAAACUGUGUUGCAGAUCCCAUUCUGUACUGUUUUGUCACUGAAACGGGAAGAUCUGAUAUGUGGAAUAUAUUAAAAUUCUGUACUGGGAAGCUUAAUAACCCAAAAGUACAAAGAAAAAGCAUACUUUCUAUGUCUACAAGAGACACCAUGGAAUUAGAAAUCCUGGAAUAGAAGCAAAGAUUUUUUUUAAGGUACACAGUAUCAUAACAUCAAGGUUACAUUCUGAAGAGGAAAUUAAGCAUGGGAGGGGACAAAGUGUUCCAAUUGAAUAUUUUAAUUCUCUUCAAUGGAAAUCUUUUGGAAGUGUACUGUAUGGCUCCCUUUUAUUAAAUUGAAUAUUGAAUAAAACUCAAUAGUAUUUUAGUGA